CCCCCUCCCCAGUUUGCUUUAGUCCUGGGGAGCGUGAGGAUCCACGCAGAACGACUACCUGGGUUGACUCCCCCCCCCCCCGUCGGGCUCUCUGCUUUCAAGGAUACACGGCGAGCAAGAGGAAGGCACCGCUAACACAGGGUACGCGUGCCUGCCGUCUGACGCUGUCAUGUCUCGAGUUACCAUGAUGACAACCAGGGAGAGGAAGAUGCAGGCUGCGGCUAUAUGUCGAGAGGUCCGCGCUUACGACGGCAACACCAUGGACCUGGGGAAGAAGCUCAGCACGCCCAAGGACAUCAUGCUGGAGGAGCUGUCAUUGCUGUCUAACAAGGGAUCGCGCCUCUUCAAGAUGCGGCAGAGGAGGUCCGACAAGUACACCUUCGAGAGCAUCCAGAACGAGGCUAACGUGCAACUCGACAAUGGCGUGCAGGGCCAGAGCAGGGAACACGAGGAAGGCAAAGACGACGGCAGCGGGCCGGGUGCGAAGACGUCAGCGAACGCGCCCCAUCCGAGGUCCCCUGCGCACCCCAACAACAUCGCCCCUGGUUACGGAGGACCCUUGAAGGAUGUUCCUCCUGAGAAGUUUAACACCACAGCUGUCCCCAAGUCGUACCAGUCCCCCUGGGAGCAGGCUAUCAUCCACGACCCCGCCUUGGCCGAAACGCUACACCCCCAGAUGCCAGUCCCUGAGCCCCGGUCAGAGAUGCCAGACUACAAGAGCUUUAAUAGGGUAGCCACUCCAUUCGGGGGUUUCGACAAAGCCCCCAGAGGGAUCACGUUCAAGCUGCCCGACAUGGAUCUGAGUCACCCCAAGUACCCCGAGCUCCAGGACCCCAGAAGCAAGCGGCCAACCUUCAACAGAACGGCACAGGGCUGGAUCUCUGAUGGCGCCCCCUUGAUCAUGCCCACCGUGCCUCUGGAACCCGUGGCCAUCCCCGAAUCCGACGAUCUCUGAACUACGUGACCACGGAGGACAAUUUCACGUAAUCCCACAGGCAGCCCGUGCCAACAGGCAUGGUGCACAUCAUGCCUCAUGAUGUGCGCCACCUACUGGGAUGUGACCAGAUCAGCAUGUUAUCAUUUCAUGUCUUCUGGAUGGUGAGCUUUAUCAGGGGAAUGAUUGUAUACUUUAGAUCUUAAAUUCAGAGCAAUUCAACAAAAUAGCUAAAUUACAUGAGCUAAAUUUUCAUUCAGUCAAAUAUCAGGCUGACUUGUACAUACGAAUUGAUACAGUUAACGCUUCAAAACCAACAAGCUAAACUGUUAGUUUAUAUUUCAUUGUAAAACGUAAAUGAAUGUUUGUCCAGUUGUUGAAUGCUGUGUGACUUUGGCAGUUCGUACUAUUUUAUCUGUGGUUUUAGCUUUACAAUAGAUUAUACACACAAACCCACAGAUUACAUAUAAAGACCCAUGCACUGAACAAAGAGGUGGAAAGUUCAGGUUCAGCAAGUAAAAAUCCAGACCAAGGUUUUAUUUCAACCAACCAGGUGACUAUUAAGAGUCACAGAGUAUUCAACUGAUUCAACUGACUUUCCGGACCUGAGUGUGCAGUGUUCAUUUAUGGCAUAAGCUAGUUCACUAAACAUCUUUCACCAAUAUGAAUUGUGCCUUGAUCACGGACAAAGGCGGAUCUGAUUCUAUAAAGACUGGAACUGGUACUAAAUACUCUUUAUUACAUAUAUACAGAAAGUAAACAUUGCUACUUUGGUAAGCAAAACAUGCAUGCUAAACAUCAACAACAUUAAACAAUAAAAAGCUGUUUAUCUCCAUCCAAGCUGCAAACACAGUGAGUUAAUGGACGUUAACACUGAUCGCUUGUAGGGAAUAGAGAAAAAAAAACAAACGGUAGCUAUAUACAAGACUAGCUGGCACCAUAACGUGAUUCAUAUUAUGAGUUUUGAAUUUGAAUUUUUCAUCUGCUUCUAUUUAUUUUGCCUCUAGGGCACCAGCGCGACACCGGGGGUCAUGUGAAAUGGGCUAUGCAUAAAUUUUCUCUCUAGAUAUGCUGUGAAAAUAAACUUUGUCGGCGAACGACAA